UUCUCCCUAAGUCCGGGUGGGCUUUGUGCAGCAGGGGCGGGAAGGGAGCUGUGCUGGGCGAGGCUGCGUGGUGCGGUGCGUUCAGGCCUUUGGCCCCACAGCAGGGGCGGCCUGUGCUUGGCGUGCAGAGUGCAGCUGGGUAGGCGCUGUUACUGCAAAUGGGCCUGUGUGUCCCAGGCUGGGGCGUGACUGCUUGUGAGCCUGCAGAUGGGGACACACUGGCCGCCUAGGCUGCUUCUAGGCAGAGGCACCUUCUCCACCUAGCUGCCCUCCAGGGAGUGUGGGCAAAUCCUCCCCAGGGGAGGAAGGUCAGGGGCUGUUGGGCACCUAGGCCUCUUCCUGGUGAGCAGAGCCUCAUCCAUGGGGUCACUGACCCCACAGUUACCCCAGAACCCUUUCCUGGCACAGCUUAUGACCCGGGGCAUGUAGCCCUUAAGGCACAUUCAUUGUGAAGGGCAGGUUUUGUCUCCUCCAAACCCUCCGUUUAGGAAUGCUGCCUGCUGCGUUGCCCAGGGUUGGCCCUGAGUGUUCCUAUCAGGCCCCGUUCACUCUGGGGUGGAUUAAACCACUUCCUGGAGGGUGCUGUAUCCCCAUUGUGCAAUGGGGGGUUUGAGUUGUGUGCAUUCCUGCCUGAUCCCUGAGAGUUGCCGACACGUGGAACCUGAGGCAGCAGGACAGCCUGGCAUUGGCCACGGGACAUUGGCUACAGCCAUAGCAACUUCGCCAUCAAAUGGGGCAGGAGAGAGAACAUUAAGGCAGCCAUGAGCUCCAGCCACCCCAAGCCGGGUCCCUGGGCACCCCUGAGCCCCAGCCUUCAGCCUCUGUCCCAGAGCUCUUCCAGCCUGCUGGGUGAAGGCCAGGAACAGAGGCCAGAGCUCCGCAAGAGUGCCAGCAGCACCGUGUGGCAGGCCCAGCUGGGAGAGGCCAGCACCAGACCCCAGGCCCCGGAGGAAGAGGGGAACCCGCCUAAGAGCAUGGAGCUGGCGCGGGCCUCUGGCCCCGAGGCGCGACCCAGUGCUGGAGGCCACUGGCGGAGCAGCACUGUGGGCAAUGUGUCCACCAUGGGCGGUGGUGACCUGUGUCACCUGCGGGCCCCCAGUGCUGCUGCUAUGCAGAGGAGCCACUCGGACCUGGUCCGUAGCACCCAGAUGCGGGGACACAGUGGUGCUCGGAAGGCCAGUCUCAGCUGCUCAGCCCUUGGCAGCAGCCCUGUCCACAGGGCUCAGCUGCAGCCGGGUGGUACUUCUGGCCAGGGUGGCCAGGCCCUUGCAGGCCUGGAAAAGGACCUGGCUCCUGAGGAUGGGACUUCUAACUCAGCCUGGAUGCUGGGGGCCAGUCAGUUGUCAGUGCCUCCACUAGACCUGGCGGACACAACUGCCCACAGCAGCAGUGCCGAGGCUGAGCCCAAAGCCACUGAACAGCUGGCUACCGCCACCUGCCAUGCUCUGCCCCCAGCUGCUCUACUCUGUGGCAUGAGGGAGGUGGGAGCUGCUGGCUGCUGCCAUGCCCUACCUGCCACAAGGAUCCUGGCCUUUCCCAAACUAGUGGCGUCAGUGAGCGAGUCUGGGCUGCAGGCUCAGCAUGGGGUGAAGAUCCACUGUAGGUUGUCGGGGGGGCUCCCUGGGCACUCCCAUUGCUGUGCCCACCCUUGGGGUCCUGCCGGGUUAGUCCCAGAGCCUGGCUCUAGGACCAAAGAUGUGUGGACCAUGACCUCAGCCAAUGACUUGGCCCCUGCAGGGGCAUCCCUGCUGUCAGCCCAGGAUGCUGGUGUGCAGGCGGCCCCAGUGGCGGCCUGCAAGGCUGUGGCCACCAGUCCAUCCCUGGAAGCGCCUGCAGCCCUGCAUGUGUUCCCAGAGGUAACACUGGGGUCCAGCCUGGAGGAGACGCCGUCCCCUGUGCGGGAUGUGCGAUGGGAUGCUGAGGGCAUGACAUGGGAGGUGUACGGAGCUGCGGUGGACCCAGAGGUACUCGGUGUGGCCAUCCAGAAGCACCUGGAGAUGCAGUUUGAGCAGCUGCAGCGAGCGCCCACCAGCGAGGACAGCCUGUCUGUGGAGGGCCGGAGGGGACCACUGCGGGCUGUCAUGCAGUCCCUGCGGCGCCCCAGCUGCUGUGGCUGCUCCAGUGCGGCCCCCGAGUGAGGAGCUGUGGCCCUUGGAGCCGGCCUGGGCCCACUAACUUGGUCCUAGACCUGGGCCAGGGAUGAUGGGGGCUCCGUGUCCCCUGGACCCACCGGCAGUGGGCACAUCUCUCACCUGAACAUCGGCUGCCUCCAGACCACAGGACUGCAGCCUGGGGCUUCCUGCCCCACGCAGCUGGGCUGUUUUCUUAAGGGCUUGAUUUCCAAGGGCCACAUCUCUGCACCUUGUGGGUUCUGAACUUUGAAAGAGGGCUUUAGCACUGUGCAGAGGGGAGAUCCUGAGUUUUCUGUAAAAAAUGACCUUUUGUUCACUCCACCUUCAGAGCUCUGCCAUGUUGCCUCCUCAGACUCUUGGCUUUAUUUGAAAGCAGUACUGAGAAAUAGUGAAUUCUCGACAUGAAGUGUGAGGCCCCAGUGACAGGGACUGCCCGGUUCUUUAGGGAAGGGGACUGAUGUUAUCAGAGGCCUCUUGUGUACCACAUACUGUGCUUGUCCUGUCUUCACCUCUUCAUCCUGGUUUACAGAUAAAAUGACAGACAUUUGGCAAGGCUGUAGCCGUUGUGCCCCACACUGGACAGCUUGAAGAGGUGGGACUGAGAUUCAAAGCCAGGGCUGGCUGAGCCUGGGGUGUUUCCCUGUAGCAUGUGCCCGGUCCAGUCAGUGCAAUCAUGUACAAGGAGAAUUUACUGAACCCAUACUCUAUGCUGGGUUCUGUGGAUCUGUGGUGAAUGAGACAGAGGCUGCCUCUGCCCUGGCUGAGCUCAUGGUGUGGGUUGUGGAUGGCAGGGGAGGAUGCUGACCAUUACAGAGGGUUGCCAGGCUUCCAGGGUCAUUAUGUCGGAGGCUGUCCUGAGGAAGGGGAGAAUGGGUGGCCACCUGCCCUAAAAUCAGUUGCAAAGCCUAAAAUUGCACUAUUUUCACCUCAUUGUGUCGGCUUAAGGAUUUCUCCCCAACUGAUGUAAUUCGUGGAAGGAGGGAACACAGGAAUGGAGGGGGACAGGGAAGGAGCUUUGCCCUGGCCCUAGGGUAGGGGCUGUGAGGCUGUGGGGGCUCGCUUGCCCACAUGACCUGACCUAGGCUACGCAGUGGGGGCCAGGGGCCUUGGAGAGACAGAAACACAGGGGUUUGGCACAGUCUGACUUCGUUGCCCAAAGAUUUCCCAAGGCCUGCAAAGAACGGGAGUGGGCUUGUGUUCUUGUUCUGGGUCUUAGUCUUGAAGAUCCUAAGUUCCUGGGACACAGCCCCCCCAAUCCACCCUUGCGAGGAACCAAAGGGCUAGUGUGGGGUCAUGGCCCAUGAUCUGGCGUGUUUCUGGGGCCUCUUCUGCACCUAGAAGCCCAGAACCCCGAAACUGGUGGCUGGCUUUUCCCCAUCCUCAGAGACCUGGUACUCAUUGAGGUGGAAAUGACUCAUGCAACGGUGGGUGAAUUUGUAAAGCAAGAGUGGCAUUUCAACAGGCCACAAGGACAAAGUGAGAAAGCUGUGCGUCAGGCCAGAUGCCUCCUGAGGCCCCACGAUGGACCAUUCUCACCUGUAAAUGUGCCUUUCCCAUAUGCAUAGGUGCACCCUUUCUUGGGAUUCUGGGGCUGUCAGUUCCUUUGUGUAUGGUGCCAGAGCAGGCAGCUCACGUUCUGGGGAGUGACACAUGGGUAUAUGCCAUCUUCAUGCGUGGCUCCCCAUGGAGUCUUCAGAAACCCCAGCCUGUUGGGGCCACAUGGGUGGAGGGAGGGCAAGACCUGCCCGGCAGAUGCUACAGCCUGGUCAGAUACUUGGAUGUGCCAGUCCUGCCGGGGCCGUGAGUUUCUGCGGUGGCAGCUCAUUUGGGGUGUUUGUUGGGUUGGGAGGUGACCAGCGGUCCCCAUUGUGAAGAUCGUGGUGUAAUUGAGGAAAGAAACUUUAGGGAACUGUGGAAGGGGUUGGGGGGUACCAGAUUUCAGUUUAGAAAUAUCCAUUUGGCUUCCAGUAGAGAAGAGCAGGGUGCAGAAGAGGUGGGAGGCAGGAGCCCAGGAGUAUGUGCUGGGGGACGCCAAGGAGGGGCCUGUUUAGGAGCAAUGGAGUGGGCAGCUGGGGGCUGAGUUCAUACAUGUGCACACACACGCAUACACAGGCACACGUGUGCAGUGGACUUGGGGAGGAGGCAUUUCAGGAUGCUGAGGUUUCCUGUUUGAGCAAGAGGAGGAUGAGGCUACUACCUGGAACAAGGUGAAUGGCAUGUUCAGCAAGUGCAGAAAGGGCCACAUGCCACAGGGUUUGGCUGGGACCAGUGAAACCCAUUUCAUGAAGAGACUUUCUUCUGUGUCACGUGCAGAUUCUCAUGCGUUCACGCUGACUGGGUACCACUCUGUGCUACCUCCAUGUUGCCCCAGGUCUCCAGGAUGGCAGCCGGGCUGGGCUCAGCCAAGCUCCCACUCACCUCAUCGUCACUGAGAUGAAUAUUUGCAGGGCGGUGCUGGAAUCCAACACCUGUGUCUUGGUUGGGGCACCAGACCCCUCUCCAGGUUAAACCACGAUCUUUGUCUCCCUAGCCCGGUUGCACAGCUGCUGCUGACAGGUCUACCGGGAGUGACUGCAGCCUCAUUUCUGACUGGAACUGGAGACCCCUCCCAUCCCUGCUUGCUGUGACCCCUCCUGGGACAGUCCUGAUACCUGCAGUGGUUUAGGGCCCCAGAGCAUGGCCAGUGGUUUCGUUUGCAGAUUUCCUCCUCUUGGACUCUAGAUUUCUGGCCAGACUUUCUGGGUCUCUUUCAAGCCCUGCUGUGGGAGGCAUUGGAGUUCACUGUUGAUGUGUGUGUUUGGAUUUGAAUUCAAAAUAGAUACAAAUUCAGAGGUCAGAACUUUGCCAGACCCUAGCAGGGAUGGGUCAUCGGUCCCGGCUGGUCUUGUUUACUUUGUCGUGGUAAAUUCUGUUCUUUGGAGCGUAAACCCCAGAGUCCUAGAGCCCCCCCGAGAGCUGAGGCCUGGCUUCCUGGAGCUUGUCACCUCUGGGCAUGCCUGUCUUGUGUCCAGGACACAAGACAUGCAUCCCUUGUCUGGCCCCAGGCUGCCAUCACUCUCACAAGAAACUGGUAGAGUAGAGCUGGCCUGAGGUCACAGUGCUGGCGGUGGUGGAAAAGCAGGGAUGGCCUGUUCCACUGUGAUCCUAUCUCCUGUGUCACCUGGAUUGGGUCUCCGUCCCCCAGACAUGUUAGAUCCUGACUUUAAGAGAGCUGAAGAGGUCUUCUGCACACAGGUCCUAACUCCUUGGGCUGGGGUCGGCCACUGUAGCUUAGUGGGCUAAAGCUGGAGUUUGAAUCUGGGUCCACACCUAUAGCCAUGUGAUCUUGGGCAAGUUGCAAGCCUUGAUGAUCUUCCUCAUCUGUAAGAUGGGGAUGACAAUGGUGCCUCCUUCACAUGCUUGGUGUGGAGAUUAAAUAGAGUAACCCAGGUAGUGCCUGGCACUGAGUUAGUGCUCAGCACACAGGCUGGUAGUGUUGGGCACCCCUCUCAUAGCCACACUCAGGGGCCAGCUCUUACCUUGCUAGCUUGGCUGUGAUCAAACCCCACAUCCUUAAAAGUUCCUUGUUCAGAACCUCUUUCCAGGUUCCUCGCUCACAGCUUUGCACCCUGCCUGGGACUUGUGCCUUCUGAAAGGGGCCUCUGAAAAUGUAGUUCCCAGAGUGCAUUGAGGAGGAGGGCUACCCCAGCCCUCACCACUCAUCUUGGGUUGGGUUCUCCAGAAGCUUCUGCUGAGAUGAGGAUGCUGGAGUUACUAGGGAGGGGAGAGCAAAUUAGGGGAGGGACAGAAGGCAAGGCAGGGUGUGAUUUCAGUCCAAGCCAGACCCUAAAGGGGAGCCCUGGGUGCAGUCCCGCCUCAGAGUAAGGACUACCCGGGGUGGAGUUGUAGCCUCCAGGCACUUCUGCUCUCUGGCAGGCAGGCUAGGAAGCUCUAGAAGCCCCAGGGUAGGUCUCCAUGGAGUUGUAGGGCCUAUUUUGGGCGAAGUUGUGCACAGAAACCACCAGAGGGAGUCACAGGCAUUUGGGGGUGCACCCACUGACAUUUGUGUCCGUGUCAUGUCAAGCUUGUGGUCCACGAAUGCCCAGACCUUUUCUCCAUGCGUUGUUCUGUCUCAAUUUUGUUCAUGCCAAGCAGCCUUGGUUAGUUAAAUGCAGAGUUUGGCAUUUGCCCAUGUUAAAUUCCUUCUCUUUUUUCAUUCUGGCCUGGCCUGAUUUUGCCAUCUGAAGCUAUGACUAGUCCUUUAUCAGUUUUCAUCCAACUUGUCAGACAGGGCAGGGCUGGUAUGAAGCCCAGGACAUAUCGCUGGGACAUCCUGUAGGUCUGUGAGAUUCCCAGGUCCCUCCAAAUCCACACCUUCAUCAUGGGCAAAUUAGUUUAAGUCUGAUCUGUGAAGAUCCAGAUCUAUCACACCAACAGCACCCACCCGUUUUUCCCAAGGCCAUGGAAGGAGGGUAGCAUAGCCUGACUCGAGUCCUCGUUCUCAGCAGAACUGGUUCUGUCGUGGCCACUUCCCUUUCUCAGCUCUUACCUACUUCUGUUUCAUAGGCUGGUCUGCAAGUCUGAGAGCAACAGCAAGCUUAGAAGUGUGGACUCGGCCUGUUACAGUGGCUCAUGCCUAUAAUCCCAGCACUUUGGGAGGCUGAGGUGGGCUGGUUGCUUGAGCUCAGGAGUUCGAGAACAGCUUGGGCAAUAUGGCAAAAUCCUGUCUUUACAAAAAAUACAAAAAUUAGCUGGGCAUGGUGGUGUGCAUCUGUAGCCUCAGCUACUCAGGGGGUUGAGGUGGGAGGAUUGCUUGAGCCCAGGAGGCGGAGGUUGCAGUGAGCUGAGAUAGUGCCACUGUGCUCCAGCCUGGGUGACGGAGCCAGACCCUGUCUCAAAAAAAGAAAAGACAAGAAAGAAGUAUGGACUCCACCUUCUUGCCCUUUUGUAGAUUGGGAACUGCCUGCCCUUGGCCUCUUUCCUGUCCAUCUUGUAUUAUGAAAGGUUGUUUCUGGCACACCCAGGCUCCUCUGCAUGCUUCCUGGGAAGUGACUGAGGGUCAGAGGAAUGGAGCCCCUCUGCAGUUGGCCGCUGGUACCUUCCCUAUUGAACUCUUCUUUAGGUUUGCUCACUCUUUUUAAUGGGUGUCUUUCCAAAGCUGCCUGGGGACCUCCCUGAUUGAAAGACAUGGGGCUAGUUCUGUUGCUGUGGCUAUACAGAAAUAAUAAACUAGAAAAACACCUGA